UCUCAGUCAUUCUCCUCUCGCACAGCUGAGGCUCAACAUCCAAACAGCCUCCUCCUCCUCCUCCUCCCUCCUCUCUCUCUCUCUGUGUCACACACAACUCUCAGUCGCUGCUGAGCACAGGCAGCCAACAGCAGCUCUGAGCAAAGAAGGAGAAAGAUACACACAAGAAGAAAAAAAAGAGAAGAAAAGAAAGCAGACUAAGAGGAUCAGGAUGAGGAUGAGUGUGUUCGGUGUUCCGGCAGUUCCCUGCUGCCGUCCCACACAGAUCGCACGGAGCUUCAUGUCCCCCCUGCUUCUCCUCCUCCUGCUGACCGGCACCGGCAGCAGCAGCAGCAUCGGAGCCGUCCCCUCUCCUUUCCAGCUGGCCCCGGACACCCCGGCCCCGGCCGAGCCCACCCCGACCCAGGCCACACCUCGUCCGGACCCCUGCGAGGGCCGACCCUGCCUCAACGGGGGGCUCUGCCUGGCCCUCCCCUUCGCCGGCAGGCCAGAGGACACCUGGGAGUACACGUGUACAUGCAGCCAGGGCUUCACCGGACGCAACUGUGAGUUUUUCACAGACCCCUGUGCCAGCAGCCCCUGUCUCCAUGGAAACUGCAGCCGGAGCGACGGCGGGGAGGAGGGGGAGCCGGCCUACACCUGCGAGUGCACCGAGGGCUACGAGGGGGAGAGGUGCGACCAGAUUCUAUUGGACCUGCCGGCCGCCGACUGGGACCCCGCCACCCCCUCUGCCCCUGAGCUGGCUACGCCCGCCGCCUCCACCACCGCAGCCGCCACUCAGCCGCCGCAGCCAACCACCGUCCCCUCCACCACCACACCGGCACCUCCCACCCUGCAGCCAUGGCAACCCAAACCUGGGCAGAGGCUGCUGGUGGUGCCGUGGGAGGCAGACAGAGUGACUGAGGGUCUGCACUGCGUGAGUCCUGAGCUGUGUGAGCUCACAUCAGGAACUCUGACUCUGUCUCUGGAGGUGCCCGAAGAGACGGCUGUAAAGGUGGUGGUGAACACCAGUGGAGCUCCAGUGCUGUGGCGCGUGAAUGAAGAGGGUUUUCUGCGUUCGUCCAUUUUGAACGGCACAACAAUGUGGUUUCUGCAGGCCGUUGAUGGAGUGGUGGUGCCGGACCACUCACUGCCUCUGGGACAGAACUACUUCCUCAGUGUGAUGCGUGUUGGUGCCCCUACAGCCCCGGAGGUCACCCUGCGUCUGAACCUGACGGUGAAGGCCAGCAGCUGUGUGGAGCCCGGCAGCAGCUUCAGUGACCCCCAGUGCUCCGGGAAAGGCAAAUGUAUUACGCAGCCCUCAGAGAGCACUUUCUUCUGCGAGUGCGAGGACGGCUACACUGGAAUUUUUUGCGAGGAAUUUGACGCCUGCCUCCACCGACCUUGCCGCAACAACGGCACCUGCACUGACGUUAGACAGGGAGGUGAAGGACGCAACUUCACCUGCACCUGCCAGCCAGGUUAUGAAGGCGAGCGCUGCCAGUUGCUGGUUGACCACUGCAUCUCUCAGCCUUGUAAGAACGGAGCCACUUGUUUCAGCAGCCUGGCUGGGCCCAGGUGCUACUGCCCCGAAGGUUACCAGGGUGCUACAUGCGAGCAGAAAGUGGACCCGUGCGCCUCCAGCCCCUGUCACAAUAACGGGACGUGCUACGCUCAGGGGCCCGGCCCUCUGGGGUUUGGCUGUAGCUGCACAGCUGGCUUCACAGGCCCCACAUGUGCCCAGCUGGUGGACUUCUGCGCCCUGAACCCCUGUGCUCACGGAGUCUGCCGCAGUGUGGGCAACAGCUACAGGUGUCUCUGCGUCCCAGGCUACCAUGGCUUAUAUUGUGAGGAGGAGUACAAUGAGUGUCUGUCAGCCCCCUGCCAGAACUACGCCACCUGUAGGGAUCUCAUCAACGCCUACGAGUGUGUCUGCACGCCACAGUUUGAAGGCAGACACUGUGAGAUCUACAAGGACCCGUGUCUGAAGAUGCACUGCCUGAAUGGAGGCCGCUGUGAGAGCACAGGACUUAACGCUUCCUGUGCCUGCCCACCUGGAUACCUGGGGGAGAAGUGUGAGGUUGACAUUAACGAGUGCGAGAGCAACCCUUGUCACCAUGGAGGCACCUGCAUUGACCAAUCAAAUGGCUUCACCUGUCACUGUCCACCUGGGUGGGUGGGGCCUAGCUGCGAGAUCCACCUGCAGUGGAAGCCAGCACACACUGAGGACACCCUGACCAACAUGCCCCGCCACUCCCUCUACAUCAUCAUCGGAGCUCUGUGCGUGGCCUUUGUCCUCAUGCUCAUCAUCCUCAUUGUGGGCAUCUGUCGCAUCAGCCGCAUCGAGUACCAGGGCUCGUCCCGCCACGCCUACCAGGAGUUCUACAACUGCCGCAGCAUCGACAGCGAGUUCAGCAAUGCUAUAGCCUCCAUCCGCCACGCCAGAUUCGGGAAGAAGUCCAGGCCCGCCAUGUACGACGCCACUCCCAUCGCUUAUGAAGACUACAGUCCUGAUGACAAGCCGUUGGUUACUCUCAUCAAGACAAAGGAUUUGUAAAACACAACCAUCACAAGCUGUACACAUACGUGACCACGUGUGCAUGCACACACAUACAUAAAGUCAGUAGAAAUAUAAAAGUAUUUCCUAAGUAAAAAAAACAAAACAACAACAGCAAAACAAAAUUGAAUGUAAAAUGUAGAAAAAUAAUCCCAAAACACACACUGUAGUUUAAAAAGAACACAUCUGGAAUUUGAUACAUCUAUUUUCCUGUCAAAGUCCAUGAUAAGGCUUUAUUGUAGCAUAAGAGCAUAAUUUGCAUUACUUAAGUUAUUGAUGAUGGGCAGCACUCCCAGUAACCUCUGCUGUACAAUAGAGUGAUGACUUUAGUCUGCACCAGACUGUCUGUCUGUAGGUGAGGCCAGCAACCCAGGAGCCCACAUUUCUAAGCAAACUCAGCAGACAGUGCUGACAACAGUCCUUACAGGUGUUGUAGAAAUAGAUGCACUUCUCAUAGUGCAUACACUGUAACUUUUUCUAUAUUUAAAAAGAAAAAAAAACAUCUGCAGUAGGUUGCCUUACUUCGUGCAUGGUUAGAUUUGAUGUUCUCUCUGCAAUAUUUUAAAACCCUUUGUAUUUGGUUGUUGGUUGUUAUUUUUUCAUUGCAGUUGUAUUUAUCUCUGUCAAGAUUGUGCCAAAUCUUUUCUUUGGGUAUUUUGUGGUUAGUAGAUAAAAUACAUACAUGUAUAAAUACUAGUCACGGAAUUUUUCUUUUUUACAAUACAUAUUGUCCUGUUCUUUACAUGCAAGUUUCUCAGUGGUGUACGAAUAGUGAAGAAAGUGGGUUUGCUGGAGUACUGUGACCCUACCAUCCUACUGUAUGUAUUUCAGUGAUAUUUAGGAUAGAAGGUAGGUAUAUUUCUCACUGCACACAAAAAUAAUUGGUUUUACUCAGUGUACCUGUUUUCCCCAGUGUACAAAUUCACCUCUAGUAUUGACAGCGUUGAAUAGUUUCUGGAUAAAAGUGUGUUCGCCAGAGUGCCCUCUUGUGGCAGGCUUUAAGGUGGAAUAGAGGGAAAAGCAGAUGGACAGGAAAGAUAUCUACUCCAGAAUAUAUGUGCUUCUGUGUUCUGCCAAUGGAAACGUUCCGUCCGUGCAGCUGUGUUGUUCCUCUCAAGGUCAAGCAAUGUUCCACCAAUAGGCUCAGCUUAUCCUACGAUUUUUUCCCCCCUCAUCUUAAACACAGCAGCGACAUGAUUACCUAUUAUCUAUGUUGAAUUAUGUAAACAAUAAAGAUUCAAGUGAAACAUAA